AAAUCUCUUUCUCGUCCCCAGAAGAAAAACAAAAUGUCCGAGAGGAGGAAAUAGUUAAAAAAAAAAAGAAGAAGAAAUCUGCUUUGUAAGGAAAAGAGUUGGUGCUCGUGAUAUUUUGAUUCCUGUCUCUUCGUUAUCGAUUUUCAGACAUCCACAUUGGUCGUAGAUCUGAACACAAAGAUCAAAAAAACAUCCCACGGAUUGGAUAUUACGAUUAGCGCGUCUCGUUCGGUUGUUGUGCUCGUUGAUUCGAUUUGGAUUGUCUGGUGUUUCGCAUUCCGGAUCUGUGGGUCGAUUCGUGGUCGACAUUGUUAGGUGGAUCUGAAGGAAGGAGAGAGAUGGAUGUAUCGGCGGUUAGCGAAGAGCUGGCUGAGCUCGAAGGACAAAUCAAUGACAUCUUCCGUGCUUUGUCAAACGGAUUCCAGAAGCUGGAGAAGAUCAAAGAUGCUAAUAGGCAGAGUAGGCAGCUCGAAGAACUCACUGACAAAAUGCGUGACUGCAAGAGCCUUAUUAAAGAUUUUGAUAGGGAAGUCAAAAGCUUGGAAAGUGGAAAUGACGCCAACACUAACCGGAUGCUCAACGAUAGACGUCAAUCCAUGGUUAAGGAAUUAAACUCAUAUGUUGCUCUCAAGAAGAAAUACUCAUCCAAUCUAGCAAGUAAUAAUAAGCGAGUAGAUCUUUUCGAUGGACCUGCUGAAGACCACAUGGAAGAGAAUGUCUUACUUGCUUCAAACAUGUCCAAUCAAGAACUAAUGAAUAAAGGAAACUCCAUGAUGGAUGAUACUGAUCAAGCCAUUGAAAGGGGCAAAAAGAUUGUUCUGGAGACUAUAAAUGUGGGAACAGAUACUUCAGCAGCUCUCAAGGCUCAGACCGAUCAAAUGAGUAGAGUUGUCAAUGAACUCGAUUCUAUCCAUUUCUCACUCAAGAAGGCCUCCAAGCUGGUCAAGGAAAUUGGUAGGCAGGUGGCCACAGACAAAUGUAUUAUGGCAUUUCUUUUCCUUAUUGUCAUUGGUGUCAUAGCAAUCAUCAUCGUCAAGAUUGUGAACCCAAACAACAAAGACAUCCGUGACAUACCUGGCCUAGCACCACCAGCCAUGAACAGACGUUUACUCUGGAACUAUUACUGAAAACAAAGAUUUCUCAUUUCAUGCAUUCAAAAUACUGGUUUGUUGUGCACGCUUCUUGGUCCUUCCCCCUAAGUCCAUGUUGCUGUAGAUGAACCCGCCUCACUUGAAAAAAUUAAUCAGUAUUUAUUCCCAUGGCUAUUGGCUUCUGCGCAUUUGAGAAGUCACAUGAAUCAAAUUCAUUUUCUUUACAAUCCCAGAUUCAAAAACCAUCAAUUUGUUGUUCAUGUGCUUUGUAUACCAAUGACACUUUUUGUGUUAUAUCUCAUGUGUCUAUUUUUUUUUAAAACGUGGUCUAUGUUUUGUGUUCUGGUAAUAAUUUACUUCCUCUGUUUUCACUGGUU